UUAUCCCAAGUAGGGAGUCAGUCUUACUCAUGGCGGGUUAUGGCAACCGUUGCAGAAGCAACAACCCCUAUGAUGGAUUCGAUCCAUGGAAAGCCGAAAGGAGCCACGACUCCGAGCAGCUGCGCUGUUCAGCCCUUGAUGAAUCUGAGGGAAGAAGAAUGAUUGCUGUUGACCCUUAUCAAAACCCAGGGACCUAUGUCAUGAAAACCGAAACAACUGUUGAAAGCGUCCAUCCAUCCAUGUUCUCUGAAUCCUACAGACAAUGCUCUCCCCCGAGGUACAAUCACCACCCGAGUUAUGGAGUAGUCCACAAGCUGCACGGGCCUUCGAUCCCGAGCAAUGACCGGCCACCUGUGGUCGAGGAACUCUUGUUGCUGGCCGAGGAACUCUUCAACAUCCAAAACGAAGUGAGCCGACCUUCUGGGUUCGGUGCUACACGGGCCCCAUACCAGCUCAGGAUCCCUGUCUCCUCAUGUUAUUAUGGCACUACCGGCAGCGAUGGGGAUAGUGACCAAGAGAAGCAAAAGCACAAGCCUACUACCAAAACCAUUAAGGACAAAGACCGUGAAGCUGAUAAAAUUCUGAAACCACCGGUGACAACAGAAGGUGAUAAUAGGCCUAGGCGAGGUCAUCCAACAGGGUCCAUGUUACCAAGUCACCAUAUCUCGCCUGAGAGAGAGCGAACCAUCCAACCGCCAUCUCUGAUCAUGACUGGACGUCGGGAGGGGCGUGGUCAUGAUAUGGGGCUAGACCCGAUGAAUGAAAUAGGCAAGACAAUGGAGUACUCAAAGGAAGCUGCGAAGCCUUCGUUAGGCAGUGCAGUUCCCAAAAGAGAUUCGAUCCCCGAAACAAUCGACAGCAAGGAAGCCAGAAGGCGAUAUGGGAAUGUCAAAUCCUCACCAGAGAUGAAUCCGACUGUUUACACCACUACUAUCAACAGUCGGGAGGCUGCGAGGAAGUACGGGGGAGAGUUCGUGUGAAAGCAAGAUUUGGAUUGAUCCCCUUUCCCCUUUAGCAAGUAACUUGCAUAUGCAUGCACUUGAUAAGGUGCUUACUCUAAAUAAACUGUGUUGCAAUAAGCAUUGUGUUGAAGCAAAGCUCAGACAAGUAGUUUGCAUAACUCUAGUUUGUGAGCAGAAUAUGUAAACCGUGAUGGCCGAGGCUAUUUUAGGACCCGUUCGGCAAGUUGCCAAACAGUGAAAAUUUCUGUUCUUUUA